GCUAUUUACAAGUCUGUUCGUCAAGUCAUGAGGUAUUAAAUAUAAAUGAUCGUUGGUAGAUGAGAACUGAUUUCGUGCAAGUCCAUAUAUUCAUAUGUAUGGUGACUAAGGUUUCAUAUCAGAUCUAAACAUGAGUCGUAAACAGACACCAAGUGACUUUCUUAAACAGAUUAUUGGUAGACCUGUUGUCGUUAAACUCAAUUCUGGUGUGGAUUAUAGAGGAGUUUUAGCAUGCUUAGAUGGCUACAUGAAUAUAGCAUUAGAACAAACAGAAGAAUAUGUUAAUGGACAACUUAAGAAUAAAUAUGGUGAUGCUUUUAUCCGGGGAAAUAAUGUCUUAUAUAUCAGUACACAGAAGAGGAAAUACUAGCCAUGUUGAAGUCAGCUGUGAUUAUUUAUACAUGAAACCUUAGAAGAGAAUUUCUUUUUUUGAGUUUACACCAUGUACUCACUGUAAAAUACUUUAUUUUAGCUCGAAUUAAAUAGCAAAAGUGAAUUCCAAGUGAAAAUAAA